UUCUCACCCCAUAGACAUAUGUAGCCAUCGUAGCCUUGGUAAUUUUCUGCCGACUCCCUCUCUUUCCCACCUAAUUCUCCACCUAGAAGAAAAUAGAAAACUUCUCCACAAACUCAGUCCUCUUUGCAGAGAGAGAGAGAGAGAGUUGGUUUAUUGAGGCUUUCAAAAGGAAUGGCAACCCCAAGUAAUGAGAAUGUAGGACCAUUCUCUCGUGUAUCAAAUUGGUUUAAGGCAUUGCGUGACAAGUUAAGAUCCAAGGUCAUGGAGUUUCUCGAGGAGGCAAAGAAACUGGGAAAAGAAGAUCCAAGAAGAGUCAUUCAUUCACUCAAAGUAGGAUUAGCCAUUUGUUUGGUCUCCCUUUUCUACUACUUUGAUCCUAUCUACGAAGGCUUUGGCAUCUCUGCUAUGUGGGCUGUCAUGACUGUUGUCGUCGUCUUCGAAUUUUCAGUAGGAGCAACACUUGGGAGAGGUGUAAAUAGGAGUGUGGCUACAUUUGUUGCAGGUGGUCUAGCUGUUGGUGCUCAUCGCGUAUCAAGCUUUUGUGGAGAGACAACCGAACCAUUGGUACUCGGCCUCUUUGUCUUUCUAUUUGCUGCUGUGGUGACAUUCCUGAGAUUUUUUCCCAAAAUGAAAGCAAGAUAUGACUAUGGGCUGCUCAUAUUCAUACUAACAUUUUGUCUGAUAUGUGUGUCGGGUUAUCGAGACGAUGAGGUGUUGCACCAGGCCAACGUCAGGCUAUCAACAAUCCUGAUCGGUGGAGCAACGGCUGUGAUUAUAUGCUGUUGUAUUUGCCCUGUCUGGGCUGGUGAUGAUCUUCAUGAUUUGGUUGCUGUCAACAUUGAAAAACUUGGAAACUUCCUCGAAGGAUUUGGAGGUGAAUACUUCAAAACAGGGGAUGAAGAAUCCAAGGAUGAGGAUAAAUCAGUUCUCAAAGGAUAUAAAGAUGUUCUUAACUCAAAAAGCACUGAAGAGUCCCUGGCUAAUUAUGCAAAAUGGGAGCCACGUCAUAAAAGGUUUAGAUAUAGGCAUCCAUGGGAACAAUACUUGAAAAUUGGAGCUAUUACUAGGCAGUGUGCCUGCCGAAUUGAAGCUCUCAAUGGCUGCCUUGACUCUCAGAAUCUGGCAUCACCACUAGUCCGAGCUAGAAUUGAAGAAUCACUCGCAAAGAUGAGCAAAGACUGCAGCUAUGCUUUAAAAGAAAUAUCAUUAGCAAUCAAAACAAUGACAAUAUGGCCAUCCUUGGCCAAAUCCCACAUUGCAAACUCAAAAAUCGCUGCUGAAAACGUCAAAUCCUCUCUCAAAACAGACUCCUGGCCUGACACAGACCUCCUGGAGAUCAUCCCUGCUGUUACAGUAGCUUCAUUGCUGAUCGAUGUCAUCAGUUGCACAGAAAAAAUUGCUGAAUCUGUACACGAACUCGCUUCCAUGGCAAAUUUCAAAAAAAUAGACUCUUCAAUAAAACAAGAACAACAAAUCAUCGUUCGCCAGAGAACAAUGCAGCAAUAUUCUAGCAUCAGAAGACAUCAUCAUCUCAUCACGAUUGAUACUGCAUUUCAAGGACCAGCUGAAUGAAUGAAACACAGCCAAUGAGAGGGCGACAAGUCAGAUAUCAUAUUUAUAGCCAUUAUAUAUAUAUAUAUAUUUGUGUAAUUCCCCUAGUUGUACAUCUUUCAGUUCUGUACAACAAAUUAUCCAGAAAUUUUGUUUGAGGCAAUUCGGAUGAAAAUAUGGAGGAGAAAUCAAAGUUCAUUGACAAUGGUCUCUUGUGAGAAGCCAUGAUUGAAUGCUUGAGACUCUGUCUCUCUGUGUUUUUAGAGUGAUUAAAUUUCCCUCCAUCUUUUUGUCACAUAUUAUAUUAGUAAGUGAAAGAUGAGAAAUGAGGUUAUAGAAGACUCAUCUUAUUUCUUAAUUCAUUUUCCUUCUAUUUUGUAA